ACAAAAUAAAACGUUUAAAUUUCGAUACCCCAACUAGGGAGUGAGCUGAUAGUUAACACGAGUACAAAGUAUUCGAUUCGUAUUCAUUCCAGAUGGUAGAUAUCAAAGUGCGACCAAACGAUAGAAGCAAAAGCAGAAGUGUACAAAAUUCUUUACAUCAUGCUUUGGGACCAUUCCUUGUCGCAUCACGUUGCCUUGGCGUCAUGCCCGUAAUGGGUGUAUGGCCUAACUCUGAUGUAGCCCUGGUUUGUUUUCAAUGGCUUAGCCUGGCAAUGUUGGCCACAAUUGCCCUAUGCAUUUUUGCCUCCAUCGACCUGUUUCUGUCGCUCAAAGUAGUCAUUGAACAUGGCAUAAAAUUAACAACAACUGGACCACUCAGCUUUAGCAUAGAAUGUGUGUUGGCCUUCAUGCUCUUCUUGGACCUGUCACGCAAGUGGCCAAAUUUAAUUAAGACCACGCGCCAACUUGAAGUGAUUUUUCUUGGGGUUCCUUAUGGUGCGUGUCCUGAAUCUCAGAUGUUAAGUAGGCGCGUUCGUCUGACGGGAUCCAUCUUCCUGAUGGGUGCCAUAUUGGAGCAUUUGUGUUAUGUGAGCAGUUCACUUUACAGCAAUCACCUGCAAAUCCUGCAAUGCAAUUUGACCGUGGAUUUCUGGAGAAACUAUUACACACGUGAGCGUUUGCAAUUCUUUUCACUAAUUGAGUAUAAUGUGUGGCUCGUACCAUUGUUGCAGUGGAUUACCAUCUCCAUGACUUUUGUUUGGAAUUUCGUGGAUAUUUUCCUAAUACUUGUGUCACAGGUCCUGGCAAUGCGCUUUAACCAAUUUAAAUGGCACAUUCAGUGUCAUCAAAAAGAGCACAUGUCUACCGAUUUCUGGUUAAAUGUUCGCCAAGACUUUCUAAGCCUUACCGAUUUACUAUGGAAGUUCGAUAGAGCCUUAUCAUCAUUGGUGCUGCUGUCGUGUGCCCAAAGUUUAUACUUUCUGGCAGUGCAGACAUUUCAUGCUUUCCUCUAUCGAGAUAAUUUCAUGAGUGAAAUCUAUUUUUGGUUCUCUCUUGUAUUUGUGGCCUGUCGUACAUUUUAUAUGAUGUGGUCUGCUGCAAACAUAAAUCACACGGCCAAUGGAAUUCUAAGCACAAUCUAUGAAAUUCCCACGUCCAAAUGGUGUUUGGAGCUUAAAAGACUUAACGAAGUCAUUGUCUCUGAUUUGAUUGCAUUGAGUGGAAAAGGAUUCUUCUUCCUGACCAGACGUCUCAUGUUGGCGAUGCUGGGCACUUUGGUAAUUUAUGAGCUUGUACUACUCGAUCAGGUCGACGGUAAUGAUGUUCACACGCCACUAUGCAGCCAGAAAAAGGCUUGAAGGCCCAAGAGCUAAGGACUUUAAAAAUAUCCUUGUAUAAAUCGACUAAGAAUGUAUGUGUAUGUGUGUUUCUUUUAUGAUGGCCUUACAAAAAUACCAUUUUAUGACUUUAUGUUUUGCCUUUACGAUAUUGUCGAGUGUUUUAAGUGUGGCUUUUUAUGUGACAAUAAACAUUAACAACAACAAAAUCAAUUUGAAAAAUUA